CCGGCCGAGCUGGGGGUUGGGCCUUGGAGGCCGAGGAGCCCGCGGCUGUGGGCGAGUGUCCGUGUGGCCUGGUUCGGGCCAUGUCCGCGUGAGGACGCCGCCGCCGCCCGCGUCCCGGCCCCGGCCCGGCCCGGCUUGCCGCGCACCAUGGGCUCCAUCCUGAGCCGCCGCAUCGCGGGCGUGGAGGACAUCGACAUCCAGGCGAACUCGGCCUAUCGCUACCCGCCGAAGUCCGGAAACUACUUUGCCUCGCACUUUUUCAUGGGAGGUGAGAAAUUUGACACCCCCCACCCUGAAGGUUACCUCUUUGGAGAAAACAUGGAUCUGAAUUUCCUGGGCAAUCGCCCAGUCCAGUUUCCUUAUGUCACCCCCGCCCCCCAUGAGCCGGUGAAGACGCUGAGGAGCCUGGUGAACAUCCGAAAAGACUCCCUGCGGCUUGUGAGGUACAAAGAUGGUACAGACAGCCCCUCCGAGGACAGUGAGAAGCCCCGUGUCCUCUACAGCCUGGAGUUCACCUUUGAUGCCGACGCCCGGGUGGCCAUCACCAUCUACUGCCAGGCGGUGGAGGAGUUCCUGAACGGGACUGCGGUGUACAGCCCCAAGAGCCCCGCCCUGCAGUCUGAGACCGUCCACUACAAGAGAGGGGUGAGCCAGCAGUUCUCCCUGCCCUCCUUCAAGAUCGACUUCUCCGAGUGGAAGGAUGAUGAGUUGAACUUUGACCUGGACCGGGGCAUGUUUCCAGUGGUCAUCCAGGCCGUGGUGGAUGAAGGAGACGUUGUGGAAGUGACUGGCCACGCCCACGUGCUCUUAGCCGCCUUUGAAAAGCAUGUUGACGGCAGCUUCUCUGUGAAACCUUUAAAGCAGAAGCAAAUUGUGGACCGGGUCAGCUACCUGCUGCAGGAGAUCUACGGCAUCGAGAACAAGAACAACCAGGAGACAAAGCCGUCGGACGAGGAGAACAGCGACAACAGCAGCGAGUGUGUGGUGUGCCUGUCGGACCCGCGGGACACGCUGAUCCUGCCCUGCAGGCACCUGUGCUUGUGUAACUCGUGCGCGGACACGUUGCGCUACCAGGCCAGCAACUGCCCCAUCUGCCGGCUGCCCUUCCGGGCCCUUCUGCAGAUCCGGGCGGUGAGGAAGAAGCCGGGAGCCCUGUCCCCUGUUUCCUUCAGCCCUGUUCUGGCCCAGAACAUGGACCACGACGAGCAUUCAUGUCCCUUUAAAAAAUCAAAGGCGCACCCCGCCUCACUGGCCAGCAAGAAACCUAAAAGGGAAACAAGCUCUGACAGCAUCCCACCUGGCUAUGAGCCCAUCUCCCUGCUUGAGGCGCUCAACGGCCUUCGGGCCAUCUCCCCGGCCAUCCCUUCAGCCCCCCUUUAUGAAGAGAUCACCUACUCAGGAGUCUCGGAUGGCCUGUCCCAGGCCAGCUGUCCACUCUCUGGGAUCGAUCGAAUCCUGGAAAGCAGCCACCAGAAGGGCAAGCCGAGGAGCAAAUCCCCUGACAGCACCCUGCGGUCUCCGUCGUCCCCCAUCCACGAAGAGGAUGAGGAGAAGCUGUCCCAGGCCUCGGACGCCCCUCCCCCGCUGAGUGGGGCGGGGCUGGCGCUCAGCAGCUCCCCCGAGAGCUUCGUAAUGGAGGAGGCGGACGAGGCGUCGGCACUGAAGCAAGGGAGCCGAGUGCCGUCCAUCGAGAAUGUCCUGCAGGAUGGCAGCCCUGAGCCCUGCAGCCAUGGCCAGCCCCGCCUGCCAGCCGAUAUCUACCUGCCAGCCCUGGGGCCUGACUCCUGCUCUGUUGGUAUAGAGGAGUAAGCUGGAUGGUCCACCUCCAUGGAGACGCCCCACAGCCUCCGUACCACUGGCCCGCCCUGGCCUGUGCUCAGUGGCCCCAGUCCUGACCCUGGGGCCACUGAGCUGACCCCACUCUGAGAGCCUGGCCAGGCUGGCAGCAUGGAGCCCUUAGCUCCCCAGACUUUGCCGAGGGGCCACCGGAUUCCAGCGUGACCCCUGGCCUCUCCUGUCUUGCACGCUCUGCGUGGCCACUGGUUCUGAGGGGCCACACGACCCUUGAUUGAAGAGCACAGUGGACUGUGUCCCCUGACAAAUUCCUUUUUCUACAGUUGAUGUAUUUGUAAAUGGUACAAGAUGAAGGACGGCAGCUUUCUGUUCUGGGCUCUGAGCUCUGGGGUUUCCCCCAAACGCCCCAUUGGCUAAAUGGCUGGGACUGGGGCCUGACCACCCACGUGCAGCCUGGACCAGCUUCUCGCAGCAUCCUAGCUACUGGGGACUUGACAUCCCAAGAACUCACAAAUUCUCCGAAGAAAAGUGUGUUGGUGGGUGAGGUGGUAUCUUCAUAGGAGAUAUUAUAGGGACCUUGUUGGCUGAGGAGGAAAGGAAGUGGGUCUGAGUCAUGGUCAAUGAAGGAAACAGUGCCUGUCCCCUGCCCCACGUGCGCCUGUGUCCUUGGCAGCCCAGCUCUUGCUGCUCACGCCCUCUGCUGCUGCUUCUCCUUCCUGGUCCAGGCCGGUGGCUGGGGGGGGGUGGGGGGCGGCGGGCUGCCUCCCACAGCUCCCCCCUCCCCCUGGGGGCUGGGGGCUGGGUCUACCCCCGGGGGCAGAGGCAGCAGACAGAGACCGGUGGUCCCUCUCUCGACCCUGCGCCUUCUCUGAAGUGGCUUUGCUCACAUGGCAGGUCCCUGCAGGAGCAGGGGCUUCCGCUGGGCUAGCUGCUGCCCACUUGCCCCAGGGAGGGAUCUGAGCAGCUUCCCUGCUCCCUCUUGGCCACUGAAGUGUCCCUUGGUUUCUCUUUGACUUGUCCUGUCUGGGGUCCCUGUAGUGGACCUGCCUGGGGGACGCACAUGGCAGAUCCCGUCUAAGGUGACCUCAUCUUUUUUUUUUUUUUUUUUUAAAGCAAAACUUUCUGGUCAACAGCAAGGCAAAGGGGGCAUCCAGCCCCGGUGGCCCAGGGUGACAGCUGCCCAGCAGGGACCUUGAGCUGGGUGGUUGGGUCUGUGCAGCUCUCUGAGGUGGGAACACUGUCCUGGUCUGGGGUGGGGGGUGCAGCGCGGCCCACUUCCUGAGGAGCUGUCCUGGGAAGGACGGUUCUGGGGCAGCCGGCAGCAGUCCACAGAGCCCUGUGGCCCAGCCGGCCUGUGUGUGCAAAGCCCUGGCCCCCGCCCCAGCACCCUCCCUGUGGCUCGCCCCACAGGGUGCUCAGGAGAGAAUCCAGCGGUAGAGGACUCGUCUUCUUUCCAGUUGAGCCUGUGAGCAGAGCGCUGCCCUAGACACAGCUCUCGGCCAGCUUUUCCCAGCCACUUGACUCCCUGCCCUCCCUGGCCCUCCCCGGCCCUCCCCUGCUGCCCACUGUGUGCUCAAGCCCGCGCGAAUGCCAGCGCGCACACAGAGAAGUGCAGGCACGUGCGCACACAGCCUGGCUGCCUCCCUCCCUCCCUCCCCUUCCUGCUCCCGACCUGCCAACCCCCGGCCUGUCGCCCGUUGGUAUUGGUGCCAGUGCUCUGUUUGAAGGCCGGGAUGCAGACUGGCCUGUCUUGGACUUACAUGUGCUAUCAUUUGAUGUACUCUGAUUGGCUAGUUUCUGUUCAUUUUUACUGUAUAUUUAUAGUAAUAAAAUCAUGCAGCAAUA